UUUCAGCCUGAAAUCCAAACGGCACAACACCUGUGCCCCUGUCUCUAACGAGAGACAGCAGCUCGGUACACAUUGCCUGCCAUACCCCGCGAGACUCAUGUCUGACAUCGACACGCCCACGGCAAAACGUGCUACGAGUGAAGAAGACAACGAUCCCUGGCUCGUUGUGUCCGAGGGUGUCGCCGAUGUCGCCGAUGCUGCGGAUGGACAAGGAGCAGCUGCUGCUGCGGCAUCAACACCUAGCCUCGAUGGCGAUGGUUCGCAAGACGACGAGUUCGAUGAGGAGCUGGCCACCCUCCUGGCAGACGAGCCCCCGCGUGCUGCCAAUCAGACGCCUCUGGCGAAGGCGCUGCUGCAGGCAAACCCGGGUGGAGUCCGGGCAUUGCUGAAGGAGCAAGCGGUGACGGCCGCGAAAGGGUGCGGGUGCGAGACACCCCAGCCGGGAUGGGACAAAAGCGACCCCGAUAGGAUCACGACCUGUGGGCGCCAGCAGGCCCAUAUCAUCGCUGGGGUGUCUAUCCAGGAGAGGGACAGCCAAGGCGAUAAUGUGUCGUACGUGCUAGCGCGCACGGUGCGGAGCAAACCUACAGUACUUGGCGGCGCAAGAGAUUGGGGCUAGUGGGCAAGGGAACCCAUGCCGGCGCAGGGAUUGCUUUGCGCGCGCUAUGGGCAUGUUUUGUGGCAAGGGUAUGGAGGACAUUCCUCAUGAUGUCGUUCUAGCGAUGCUGAGGUACUGGUAGGCUCGCAUCUACGUGUCUGUUCGAACGCCACGCCUGGUCGAGGUCAACAGAGAUGUUUUAUUGUCGUUGUUAUCAGGUUGUCCUGGCGUACAGUGCGAAACUUCCGCUGGAAAAUCAAUGCUCGCUAGCAAGUACCAGGGUUGUAAUUGGGAGGCUACUCGGCGUACAUGUGUGGGCAGAGGGGGAAUAGAGGGUCAGCGCUCGACGUUCUUUUUGUUAAGCUCAGCUUGUUUUGUUUAUCAUUCCAUACAGGGACACUUGGCAACGAGCAAGAGGGACACAAAAAAAUGGCGAGAAACGCUGCGGCAGUGCCCCUGCGAUAUGCGACGUCUAGUAGCGGCGUGAAGCCGAGAAAAUAAAUCCGCUGCCCGACACCGCCGAAAAUGUGGAAGACAAGCCACGCGUGGGCCCCGCGACAUUCGAUGCUUUUCCUCUGACAUGUAUCCUACGGAAACACGGCUGCCCAUAUCAGCCACACAAAUACCCGGCUGUCCCUUCCUCGGAUGCUGGCUUCGUCGCAGGCCAAGCUCGACAGCUGCGAGUGUAUAUGUUUCUUUUUUUAGGCACUCUAAUGUUGUCGUCUCCGCUCCCCCGCGGAAAAACACUCAGCUAGACCUGUCACCAGCGUCCGAGGGUUGCGGUGGGUGCUGGCCAUUUCU